GCGGCUUUCGGGGGUGGGAGGGGGAAGUCGGCAAAGUUUGGGGCGGGCGCGUGUUGUCCGGGGAGAGCCUGGAGCCGGGGGCACGAGGCGGCUCCGCGGGGGCGCAGAUGGCUACCCAGGUGGAGGCUCUGCUGCCCGCGAACCCCCUGCUGCCCUCCGAGGAGCACGGGCUCGUGAUGAAGAAGCCUCAGGAGAAAGGGGAGCAGCACCUCCUGCACCAAGGAGAGAAGGCCAACGCCGACGAGGGCAAGGGGGGCGGCCCCGACAGCUGCAGCAAGGAAGGCGGCGGCAACGUGGGGGAGCAGCAUCUGCGCCGAAACGGGGCGCUGCUCAAGCCCCCCAGCAUCAAGCAGCAGAAGGAGGACAGUAACAACCAGGAGAAGGAGAACCUGCUGCACCAGAGGAGCGGCGGCGGCGGCACCGACUCGACGCGGCUGCCCAGCGAGGCCGGCAGCAGCAGCAGCGGCGGCGAGGAGGGCGGCGAGCAGGGAGGCGUUGGGCGCAAGGAAUUCAUCGAGGCCCCCCCGCCCAAGGUGAACCCUUGGACUAAGAACGCCCCGGUGGCGCUGGUCACCCUCAACGGACAGUCGCCCCCAGAGCAUUCAACCCCAGCCAAGGUGGUGAAAGCUGCAAAUCCAAGGCAACGUAAAGGAAGCAAGGUUGGUGACUUUGGGGAUGCCACAAACUGGCCAACGCCAGGAGAAAUAGCUCACAAGAGUGUCCAGCAGCUGCCACACAAGCCUCAAUCUCUCCGGAAGCUUCCUAUUAAGAAAAACAUGAAGGAGCAGGAGAAAGGGGAAGGGAGCGAUGGUAAAGAGAACAUGAAAGCCCGGUCAGAUGAAUCGGGGGAGGAGAAGAAUGGAGAUGAUGACAACCAGAAAUCAGCUCAGAAGAAGAAGGGCAGCAGACACAAAUGGGUCCCUCUGCAAAUAGACAUGAAGUCUGAGGUACCAAGAGACAAAACAGCUUCUCGCAACAACAGACAAAAUGAGCAGCACCGGCACCCUUCCAACAACCGAAGUGACUCAAAAGGUAUUUUUGGUUGGCAUCUGGAUAACAAACAUGAACGAAGCUGGCCUGACCAUGAUGAAACCUCUAGUGUUAAGAGUGAGGGAGCAACUGUGCGUGGUUCCUUCCGAGGCAGAGGCCGUGGUCGGGGGAGAGGGAGAGGGCGAGGAAGAGGAGGUACUCGCUCUCAUUUUGAUUAUCAGUACGGUUACCGGAAAUUUGAUGGCUCUGAUGGCUCACGCACUCAGAAAUACACCAGUAAUAUCACUUACUAUUUUGACAACAUCAGUAGCACUGAGCUGUACAGUGUUGACCAAGAGUUGCUCAAGGACUAUAUCAAACGGCAGAUAGAGUACUACUUCAGUGUUGACAACUUGGAACGAGAUUUUUUCCUGAGACGGAAAAUGGACGUAGAAGGCUUUCUUCCCAUCACUCUGAUUGCCAGUUUCCAUCGGGUGCAGGCCUUGACUACAGAUGUUGGCCUCAUAAUUAAGGCAUUGAAAGACAGCAAAGUGGUAGAGAUUGUGGACCAGAAAAUCAGGAGAAAGGAAGAACCAGAGAAAUGGCCUUUACCUGGCCCUCCCAUGACAGACUAUGCACAAACUGACUUCUCUCAGCUCAUCAACUGCCCGGAGUUUGUGCCCAGGCAAAGCUUCCAAAAGGAAACAGAAUCUGCUCCUGGGUCUCCCCGCUCUGCUAGUCCUGUGCCAAUGAAGACUGAGGAAGUUAGUAAUCUGAAGACAAUGCCCAAAGGCCUUUCUGCCAGCCUGCCAGACUUGGACUCUGAAGCAUGGAUUGAAGUGAAGAAGAGGCCUAGGCCUUCUCCAAUCAGACCCAAGAAACCAGAAGAAUCCAAAACACCAGUGAAGCAGAAAGAUCAGGAUGAGCCUGAGGAGCUGGACUUCAUGUUUGAUGAGGAGAUGGAACAGAUGGAUGGCCGAAAAAACACCUUUACAGAUUGGUCAGAUGAGGAUUCAGACUACGAAAUUGAUGACAGAGACGUGAAUAAGAUUUUGAUUGUAACACAGACACCCCCUUACCUGCGCCGGCAUCCAGGGGGAGAUAGAACAGGCAACCACACAUCCAGGGCAAAGAUGAGCUCAGAGUUGGCUAAGGUGAUCAAUGAUGGGCUGUACUACUAUGAGCAGGACCUGUGGACAGAGCAGUUUGAGCCAGAGUACUCUCAGAUAAAGCAAGAAGUAGAGAACUUCAAGAAGGUGAAUAUGAUCAGCCGAGAACAGUUUGACACUUUGACUCCUGAGCCUCCCGUUGAUCCAAAUCAGGAAGUUCCUCCAGGACCACCAAGGUUCCAACAAGUUCCUACAGAUGCUCUGGCAAAUAAGCUCUUUGGUGUGCCAGAGCCUUCAACCAUUGCCCGAUCUUUGCCAACAACUGUGCCAGAAUCCCCAAACUAUCGCAAUGCCAGAACCCCCAGGACUCCUCGCACACCUCAACUGAAAGACCCAACACAGACGCCCCGUUUUUACCCAGUGGUUAAGGAAGGCAGGUUGAUAGAUGCCAAGACGCCCCGGAAGAGGAAGACACGGCACAGUUCAAAUCCUCCAAUGGAAUGUCAUGUCGGUUGGGUGAUGGAUUCCCGGGAGCAUAGGCCUCGAACUGCAUCCAUAAGUUCCAGCCCCUCAGAAGGCACGCCAGCCAUUGGCAGCUAUGGCUGCACUCCACAAUCGUUGCCCAAGUUCCAGCACCCCUCCCAUGAACUCCUCAAGGAGAAUGGCUUCACACAACAUGUCUACCACAAGUAUCGCCGGCGCUGCCUUAAUGAGCGGAAGCGACUGGGCAUUGGUCAGUCCCAGGAGAUGAAUACGCUCUUCAGAUUCUGGUCGUUUUUCCUUCGUGAUCAUUUCAACAAGAAAAUGUACGAAGAGUUCAAGCAGUUGGCCUUGGAAGAUGCAAAGGAAGGGUACAGGUAUGGACUGGAGUGCCUUUUCAGAUAUUAUAGCUAUGGACUGGAGAAGAAAUUCCGACUUGACAUAUUUAAGGAUUUCCAAGAAGAAACUAUAAAGGAUUAUGAAGCUGGGCAGCUUUAUGGGCUUGAAAAGUUUUGGGCCUUCUUAAAAUAUUCCAAAGCCAAAAACUUGGACAUAGAUUGCAAACUGCAAGAAUACCUCAGCAAAUUCCGACGCCUUGAAGACUUCCGAGUGGAUCCCCCUAUAGGGGAAGAAGGUGGCCACAAGAGAUACCCAGCAGCAUUGGGAGUCGAAGGAAGGAAGCGAUACCCAUCUCAGUCUUCCAGCAAACCUGUCAACCAGACCCCAUCCCAUCAAGUCUCUGUCUCAUCCAACCAAGUCCCCACCUCAUCUAGCCAGCCUGUGCAGGAGGAUGCCAAAAACCUGAGCCAGCCACAUGCAGUUUCUACAGCGACUGUGGAAACGCAAACAAUAGGAAAAUAAGACACACCAGAACUUCCAAUGGAAAGGGGGCAGGGACACUUGAGGGAGUUGGAAUGUGGGCGUCCAAAACCAGGCUGCUUACCAGAGGUGGGGACUACAACGCACACAAUUUCUCUUGUUGGCUGGGAAAACAAGACGAAGCAAGCUGAAAGCAUCCUUUUCUUCGCUGUGAUUAAGUUACUGAUUGGAGCCAGAUCCUCACAUUUUCACGUCUUAGCGCCUUUCUGGGGUAGGGUUGGGAAAGGGGGAGAUUUUUAUAAAUAUAAAUAUAUAUAUAUCUAUAUCAAGUUUUAAAUUAUUGAUAGAAGUUUGUUUGGAUAAACCAAAACAAUUCUGCAUCAUGCGGCGACAUGAUCCAGCUCCUCCUCAUCCCACCGAUCAACUAUGCAGCCCACUUGAAAGAAGCUGGAGGCGGUGGGCCGGACAGUGUGGUUCCAUUUGGAAUUUGCCUUCGGCUUUCUAAGUCCACCAGGCGCCUGUCAUUCUGGAUAUGACAAUGCACAAGGAGUCCCCUUGCCACCAUCACAAGUAUCACUUCUGUUACGGCUUCCCUUCCAUGCUGCUCACCUUUUCCAUCACAGACUUGACUACUGGAAGUCAACCAAAGGACCCUAACUGAACAUGGGCCCACCUCGCAUUGGGCUCGCCCAGUUCCUUUUGUGUGACGGGUAGAACAUAAACUCGCACAGUGUCUCCCCUCACAUAGGAAUGCUACUCUCAUGAUGAGACUUCGCUAAAACAGCUUUCUCUUACAAAACAAAAACAAAACCCACAAAAAAACUUGUUUUAAAAAAAGUCUGUCUUUGCUUCCUUCCUUGAAAAUAAUAAGUUGCCUUAUUGUGGAGUUGGGAAAUUGGAGGCAUCCCUGACUUCUCUGAGCAAAUUUGGAGCAUGGCAUCUGCUUGGGACUCAGCCAGGCUGUGAUAAUACCUACUGUUUCCCUGUCCAGUAGUGACUCUUGUCUGCAGUGGCUGGUGAUUCCCCUCUGACCCAGCUGUGAUUUGCAUCGACUGGAACAGUACUGUUGAUUUCUAGGUGAAUGUUGUCUCAAGCCACCUAGACAGUUUAUCUCUGGAGAAGGGGGUACUGGAGCACUAAAGUCUAAGACUUCUGCUAUUGUGUAGUUGGUGCUGAUGUAAAUGUGUCAACUUUUCUAGUGCCCUUCCUGCUACAGCAACUACACAUGCUAUUGCCUCACUCAGACCUCCAGGUGCACUGCCAUUUUCCUCCCUCUCCCACCAGGGCAGGCCAGGCCAGGCCAGGAACUAGCCUGUUGAUCUCAUGAACUCUUCCUAUCCCACGGUAGGCAGGCAGAUGUGCCAGGAAUAGGUAAUUGCACAGAGAAGAUCCACUGGCACACAUCCUUGCUCUUUAAUAUAUAUGGUUGAAGAAUGUGUGUACAGAGAAAUGAGCUUUAAAGCAAAUAAGGUGGGAUUUUUGUGUGUGGUGGUUUCCAAAUAAGAGGUGGCUUGUUAAGUGUUAACUUCCCUAUGCAGGCCCUCCCUUUCUGUAGACUCUUGAAUUACUGGCAUGCUAGCCUGCCUGCCUGCCUUCCCUGGGUUGACCAUGUAGCCACGGAGGACCCAGCUGUGUUUAGACUCUUCUCUAGCUACCAACACCUUGACUGUCUUGCAUCAUGAAAUCACUUCAUGUAUUGGAACCAUGUCCACUCAUCCUGUGUCAUAGAACUUUAUACAAAGCACCAUGAUUGACUUAACUGCUCUUGGGUUAACUGCUUGGAACUAAGUCUGAGACUAUUGGCAGUGUGUGACUGCAUGGCUCUUGACAUCUUAAAAGCAGCUGGUACUGGAGCUAUAGAAGUGAACUUCAGAGAAGAUUGAAGCAUAUAUGUACAGACAACUUGUUUCUGACAACACGCUUUAUUGUUUCCUACAUUUUGUUAUAUUCCCUAAUGUACUGUCCCUGUUCUGCAAGCCAGAGAUUUUAGGAGGAGGUGGAAGAUCUGAGAUUGCUUGGUCAUUAUGCCACCCAAGCUUGCCCUGUGACUCUAAAGAGGGAUGAAUGGUGGUGGCAAUAUUUCUAUGUGGUCCUACACACAAUGGCCUGGCUCCAAACAGUCUCCUCCCUUCUUCCCCAGUAAUGCAUGAUGCUGGAGGCACUUCCAUGAUGCUGGAGGCUGAUACCUUCCUAUCUGCAGCUGCUCACAUGCUCUGCUCUGGAGGAUCCCACAGCCUUUUCUGGGUGUGGAGACUUAUUGCCAUAAAGGGUGAGAAGGAGCACCCUUACGCUACUUUGGAUCCUAGACCAUUGUUAGGGGUGGGGAGAGGAAGAGAGGUGUGUCAUCAACACACAUUUUAGAGGUUACGCUCUAGGCCUGUUUCUCAGAUUUUUAACAUGCUGCAAAGAGUGUGGCAAUGAGACCUGUGUCAGGUAAGGAUGUUUUUAUUCCCAGCCGCUUGGAGCAACACUUUUUUACUUUAGGAAUGCAGGGGAUGUGAUGGUAGGGCAGUUGGUUGAUUUCUGUCACUCCUCUUCUAGGAUGUUGGUACUACAGAUGUAGAUAAUUGAGGACAUGGGCCUUACUGCCUUAGGAGAGCCUGUUGUGUCUAGCUAAUGUUAUUUCAUUUUAGCUGUGUCAAGCAUGCUGUUAAUGGGAGUUUGUUAUGGAGCAGUCUUGGGUGACCAUGCAGUUAACUUGUGCCCUGUGGUUCUAGUUUUUUGCUGCAUAAAUUGUGAUCCUGUAUUAUAUCAAACCCUCAGCCUUUCAUUGUGGUACCAUUAAAAGACAUGAGCAUUUCACCAGGUGUGGCAGAAUACCCACUGUGAGCUUCGCUGGGUGCGUUGCAAUAGCAGAACCAUGUUAACAUGGAAUUGGCAGUCAGAACUGUUGCUGUCUUCUAAUUUCGCUAGUACAACAUAGUGCAAUGAAGCUGGUUUUCUUGUUUGGCAGGAUUUCAAUUGGUAAUGGGCUGAAACCCUAACUUUUGUAUCUUCAUCACAAUUCAGUUUGGAAUAAGGCAAAGCAUGUAUUGGGGAACUGCUGCUUGUGAGACAGGAGUAUGUGUUCAGGCUUGAUGACACAGCACAGUGAGAUUAACCAGAGCAUUUUUGUUUAAAGGUUUCAUCUUUGAAAGGAAAUGGUCUUUGAACUUUCAUCUGAGUGGCGAUUAGUGCUGAAGUCUUGCUCUAAAAAUGGUUUGUCUGUUUCAUUUCAGUGAUAAGCUGCUUGUCUUUGCUGAUGAAGAACUGAAGGCAAACAACUGUUGGUGGUGUAGAAAGGCAUUCUGGUGUGGUAUAGGAGAUCAGUUAAGGAUGCAGAGUUAGUUUGUGGAAAGAGGAGAUUAGCACAAGGAUAUAAGAAUCACAUAUUUAUUCCUCUGUGAAUGUCCCAGGAUAUAUCAUGAAAUUGGACCACAAAGUUCUUACCUGCCGUUCAAGAGACAAGCUGAAGGUACUUGCUUACUUGAAGGAAGUGUAGCCUUUUGGAACCUUGAUGGGUCAGUCUCCUGCAUCAUCUUGACAUGAUGAUGGCUGCAUGUGUUUGUCAGUGCCUUGGCUGUUCAGUGCCAGAAAGUCAUAGCAUUAUUCCUAUAAAGAUGAUAUCCAGCUUUCUGUGUGGGUAUUGGUACACUCAUGUUUUCACCACCCUGGUUCAUAUUUUCCCAACACUUUGGGAAGAGAGUAUAGUAAUGAUUUUGUUUCAAUGUUAUGUAUUGGUUUUUAAAGCAGACCAAGUCAAUGGACACCGGUAUCCUGUACCUCAAACAUAUCCAAUGGUAGUUCCAGUCAUUUUGUGUUUAGGAAGCCACCAGCUAUUGCCCAAUGUAUGAGACUUCGGUUAAAACAGAGAGAGUGUUUUCCAGUGGGAACUCAGUCUUAUAGGUAAGUGGUAUCUUUAAAGAAGUGUCAUCCUGAGUAGCUGACCUCUGGGCACGGUAAUAAGGUGGGGGUAUGAAAUCUGGUUUAGGACUGACAGUGAAAGUAAGUGACCUUUAUUAAGUGUUGGUGCUCAGUCUGUUCUUAGCCCCCUUAGCCCCUUUCUGCUCCUCCUCCCACUUUUGCAGCUGUUGGGUUGCUCCAGUUCUGUACUUGUCCAUCUUGCUUCUAGUUGGUUAGUUGAAUGUACCGUUAACACAUGACACAGUAACCUCAGUACUCUGCCAUAACAUUUGUGUUGUUGUUUUUAAUAGAGUAAUGGGAUGGGAGCCAUCUUUCAUGCCUUGCUCAUUUUUCUUUUAAGCAAAAACAAUCAAAUCUGUUAACGCAGCAAACUCUGCCGUGCUCUAUUAUCUCUCCAUAUGGAUCCUCUUCUGAAACAUGGAUUUGUCAAUAACUUUUUAAAAAUCAGCUAGGUUUUUAGAAGGGAUGGGUAGCUACAUUGUUAAAUGCCUCAGUUAUUUUUUUUAAUCAAAUUUCAUAUAUGAGUGGUUUUAUGGGGGGUGGCGGGAAAUUUCAUCUCAGCAACAUGGGUUUGGACAAAGUGGUUUUUUAAAUUAAAAAAUUCUAAGGAUAACAUUUCUGUUAGUUUACAUUUUAACUUUCUGAAGACACUUGAACAUAGGACCGAUGUAUCUGUGAUGAGGACACCCUAUGGUUGGAAGCAUUGAAAGGGCAUGGGUUUAACCAUCCUUUUUUGGUUUUACAGACUUUGUUCUUCCAAGUCUGGCCUUCUGUUGCCCUUCUUUUUUGUUUAUUUCCUCAAUGGUAUUGUUCCUGUAUCUAUUUGUCCUCCUUCCCAGAAUAUAGAUCUUGGUACAACAGGGUGGCCUGGGUCACUGAUAUCAUUUGGAAAAUGGAUUUCAGUGUCCUUGGCAGAAGCUUUUGCCCACCAUAGCCUUCCUGCUGUAGCAUCGCCAUGUGGCUAUGGAACAGGAAUGGCUGAAUUCUCCUCCUGUCAUCGUUGGCUUUGUCCAUGCAGUGGUGCACUACCGUGGUGGUUGGGAUUUCCAGCCUAUGAAACUGUGACUCAGAAGUCAACACUGAGCUUUAAAUAGUGGUGGUUGGAGCUUCCUUAGUGUGGAGUUGUGUUAAGCUGCUAAAAAAA